CUCCAUUCUCAUUCUCACUCAGAGUCACCAAAAACUCCCAUGGACAACUUCAGAAAAUCCCCACUUAAGCCAUGGAAAAAAGGCCCCACUAGAGGCAAAGGUGGCCCUCUUAAUGCCUCUUGCCAGUACAGAGGUGUUAGGCAAAGAACAUGGGGCAAAUGGGUUGCAGAGAUCAGAGAGCCGAAUAAAAGAAGUCGACUUUGGUUGGGUUCUUUUGCUACUGCUGAAGAAGCUGCCAUGGCUUAUGAUGAGGCUUCUAGGAGACUAUAUGGACCUGAUGCUUAUCUCAACCUUCCCCAUCUUCAUCCUAACUCUAUUAAUUCUCCUAACAAAUUACACAAGUUCAAAUGGAUACCUUCCAAGAACUUCAUUUCUAUGUUUCCUUCUUGUGGCUUACUUAACAUAAAUGCUCAGCCUAGUGUUCAUGUUAUUCACCAAAGGCUGCAAGAACUUAAUAAAAAAGGGGUUCUGAGUCAAACCUCUUCUUCUUCUAGUUCGAUAUCUUCCUGCGUGCCAAAUGCUGAAUUCCCGAUUAUGGAUGAUACAAACCAUGUUGAUGUCGAUGAUCCUUAUGUGAAGCUGAAAGAGGUGGAAAUUGCAUCUGAGAAGAUGCUGGGACAUCAUGAAGAGAAGCGGCAGAUUGAUCUAAAUGAGUUUCUUCAGCAGCUGGGCAUAUUGAAAGAAAAUACUCCAGCAGAAACAUCUGAAGACACAGGAAGUUCCGUAGCACCAGAACCUUCCGUGAAAGAUUAUGGUGAACUCGCAGCCUUUGAUGAUAAGACUUUCAAUUGGGAUGCGCUGAUGGAAAUGCAUGGUAGCACAGAACAUCAUGCAGCAGAAGCCAGUUGCUUCCAAGUCUAUGAUAUUCAAGAGGAGUUUACUCUGUCUAAUUCCAUUUGGAACUUCUGAAAGUGUCGCUAAUUUUGAAGUUAGAGCUAGCCGCACUAAAUUCCUAGAAAUUAGUAGAUCUACUGCAGGUUGGGUAUGAGCCUUAUAUUUUCUAUCUGACAGUACCAGUUAAGCGUAA